CGAAAGACGCGUGGGGGCGUCAGGCCCGCCGAGCGCUCUGCAUCUCCGGGAGCCCGGCUUCCUGACGCCGCCAGCGCCCGCUCGCUUUCAUGGGUCCGCGGCCCGCCCCGCCGGGGGCGCCUGGGCGCUGACUCUGAGCCCGGGCCGGAGCCCGGACGGCGGCUGCUGGCGGCACUGCUGGUGCUGGCGGGUGAGCGUCCGGCGGCGCCGGGCCCGAGUCUUGGCGUGGGACAGCCGGGCCGCGACAGCCUCCCCGGGACGGGACGCCCGGGACCCAGCCUCGGACACGGGCAUCUGAGACCGUGAGGAGAGACGAGGCGGGGCGCUCCCACUCCCGCUGAGCGCAGGACCCCAGUCAGGCUCGCCGCCCCCCUCCGCCGGCGUCUGGUCUAGAGCAAGCCCUCCCCGACCCCCGACCAGAGCUCCGCUCCCCGAACGGUUUCUUCCCGGCAUCCUCCUCCCGAGACCCCCCGCCCCCAAGUCCCCGCGGUGCCUGGAGUAAUGACCCCACCUUGCUAACCACAGUUGUCUGUGGUGGGCUUUGGCACAAGGACCCUGGACUGGGACCCUGGGCUCGGUAACGGUGGGCCCAUCUGAGGCCCCUGUGCCUCUGUCUGUCCGAGGAGCCACCUGUCCUUGAAUGGGAACGACCAUCUUCGUGGUGACGCAGGAGCGCCAGAAGCUUGAGGACCCGGAAGCUGGCCGCCGGCGGGACACGGCAGAGCUGCUCACAGCCCCGCCCACGCCGUCACGUGAGGCCGUCCUGCCGGUCACGUGACCCCGCCCACCUGACCCGAAGCCGGCGGGCAAAGUGAACAUGAGCUCCCCGCCGCAGGCCGCCCCGACGUGGGCCCUGGCCCUGGUGCUGGCCCUGCAGCUGCGCAGCCUGGAGGCCGGGGCCCACAGAGCCACGGACCCUGACUUUCAGGAGGCCUACUUCGAGCAGCUCCUGGACCAUUUCAACUUCGAGAGGUUUGGGAACAAGACCUUCCGCCAGCGGUUCCUGCUGUCAGAGAAGUUCUGGAAGAGGGGCGAGGGGCCAAUAUUCUUCUACACGGGCAACGAGGGGGACGUGUGGUCUUUCGCCAACAACUCGGGGUUCAUCCUGGAGCUGGCGGCGCAGCAGGGGGCCCUGGUCGUCUUUGCCGAGCACCGGUACUAUGGAAAGUCUCUCCCGUUCGGUGAGCGGUCCAGGUGCCGCGGGUACACGGAGCUGCUGACGGUGGAGCAGGCCCUGGCCGACUACGCGGGGCUGCUCCGGGCGCUUCGGCAGGAACUUGGGGCCCAGGACGCCCCCGCCAUCGCCUUUGGCGGGAGCUAUGGGGGGAUGCUCAGCGCCUACAUGAGGAUAAAGUACCCCCACCUCGUGGCGGGGGCACUGGCAGCCAGCGCACCUGUCGUCUCGGUGGCAGGCCUCGGUGACCCCUACCAGUUCUUUCGGGACGUCUCAGCAGAUUUUGAGGGCCAGAGUCCCAAGUGUGCCCAGGCCGUGCGGGACGCCUUCCGGCAGAUCAAGGACUUGUUCCUACAGGGAGCCUAUGACACGGUCAGCCAAGAGUUCGGCACCUGCUGGCCACUCUCUGGCCCAGGGGACCUGACCCAACUCUUCGGGUUUGCCCGGAAUGCCUUCACCCUGCUGGCCAUGAUGGACUACCCGUACCCUACCGACUUCGUGGGACACCUUCCUGCCAACCCCGUCAAGGUUGGCUGCGACCGGCUGCUGAGCGAGAGCCAGAGGAUCAAGGGGCUCCGAUCGUUGGCCGGCCUGGUGUACAACUCCUCGGGCACGGAGCCCUGCUAUGACAUCUACCUGCAGUACCAGGUCUGUGCCGACCCCACGGGCUGCGGCUUGGGCCCUGAUGCCAAGGCCUGGGACUACCAGGCCUGCACUGAGAUCAACCUGACGUUUUCCAGCAACAAUGUGUCGGACAUCUUCCCUGACCUGCCCUUCACCGAAGCCCUGCGCCAGCAGUACUGCCUGGACACGUGGGGCGUGUGGCCCCGGCAGGACUGGCUGCAGACCAGCUUUGGGGGAGGCGACCUCACGGCUGCCAGCAACAUCAUCUUCUCCAACGGUGACCUGGACCCCUGGGCCGGGGGAGGGAUUCAGAGCAACCUGAGCAUGUCAGUCCUCGCCGUCACCAUCCACGGGGGAGCGCAUCACCUGGACCUCAGAGCGUCCCACCCAGAAGACCCCGCAUCUGUCGUGGAGGCGCGCAGGCUAGAGGCCACCCUCAUCGGCAAGUGGGUCGAGGCAGCGAGGCAUGAGCAGCGGCUGCGGCUGGCACAGCACAGGGGCUCCGAGGCUGAGGGGUGCUCCCCCAGCAGGACCAGGGAGGACUUGCUGGGAGCCUGAGGCGAGGUCACCAGGGCCUGGGAGCUAGGGCCAGCCGAGGCCCAGGAUCCUGGCUUCUCUCUGAAAAGCUACCCCGGGGUCAGUCCUAAGGCAUGGAUGGAGCCGGCUGAAGAAGAGGAGUGAGGGCUUCCGUGGUGGUGCAGUGGUUAGGAAUUCGCCUGCCAAUGCAGGGGACACGGGUUCGAGCCCUGGUCCGGGAAGAUCCCACAUGCCACAGAGCAACUACUGAGCCUGCACUCUAGAGCCCACGAGCCACAACUACGGAAGCCCGCGCACCUAGAACCCGUGCUCCGCAACAAGAGAAGCCACCGCAAUGAGAAGCCCGCGCACCGCAACGAAGACCCAAUGCAGCCAAAAUUAAAUAAAAUAAAUUUAUUUUUUUAAAAGAAGGAAUGAAAUAGGUUGACCAGGCACCCUGAGAAGGAGCCCCAGGCGCGGACACCCCACACGCCAGGGAAGCGGGCAGAGCAGGUAGGGCCCGCCAUGCUCACUGGCGCCGGCAACCGUCACAGGCAUAUUCUCACCCUGGGCACCACUGUGGCCAGCACCUGCCCUGGGAAGCUGACGCUCCCAAAUCUCUCCCCGGGGGCAGGGACACAGCUGACCUCUGGACGUCAGACCUGACCCAAACACUGCCCCUGCCGCCCCUCCCCGUUUCACAGUUGCGAUUCCGGAAACAAAGACACAGCAGGUGCCAGUUAGAACAAAUGUACUUUUAUCUCCACUGAAAAGUCCAUCCAUCAGGGUUGGCCUGGGAGCC